GAUAUUAUCAUCAUCACUCUCUGAGAUCGAAGAGAAGAGAAAGAAGAAACUCCAUUGAUGAAAUCUCUAUUGAUGAGAACCGGUUCGAUGCCGGUUCUUCAAAACCGGUUUAUUUCAGGUGGUUCGUCGCGGAAGAUGACGACACCUAUCUCCAGGACCAACUCCGUGGAAUCAUUAUCAAGCUACGGCGAGAGAUUCGCCGGCGGGAAGAUCUCCAUCGAGGUUAAGGCUAAUGUCGGGAUGCGGAGGGUUUUAUCGGAAAGUGAUGUGAUUAGAUCUGAGAGAAUGUUAAAAAAUGUUGGAUCUAAGCCUUCACCGGCGAAAAUCCCGGAGGAUGAUGAAGCUGAGGAGGAAGAAAUUAGCUUUGCAGAUGGUUGGGGGUCUUUGAUCUCCGGUGGUUUACCUGUGGAGGAGCAAGGAUUCUCCGGUGGUGGUGGUGGUGGAUCUGGUUUUAGCGGCGGUUAUGGAAACGGAGGAGGCGGUUAUGAAGAUAAGAGCAAGAUCGGUGAUUAUUAUCGAGAGAUGUUGAAAUCAAAUCCUAAUAAUUCGCUUCUUUUGAUGAAUUACGGCAAGUUUUUGUACGAGGUGGAGAAAGAUGCAGAGAGAGCUGAAGAAUACUAUGGAAGAGCAAUACUGGAGAAUCCAGGAGAUGGAGAAGCUUUGUCCAUGUAUGGAAGAUUGAUAUGGGAGACAAAGAAAGAUGAGAAGAGAGCUCAAGGUUACUUUGAUCAAGCUGUUAAUGCUUCUCCUAAUGAUUGUAUGGUUUUGGGAUCGUAUGCUCAUUUCAUGUGGGAGGCAGAGGAUGAUGAUGAGGAAGAAGAGUUAAUGGCUGCAUCACCAGUCAUGGUUUCUGCAGUUUAGAGAAGAUUAACACGAAGAUGAAGAAGAGUAAUGGAGACUAAGAUUAUGUAUCAAGUAUCAACCUUUUUGUGUAUUUCACUGUCUUUUACUAACUUUUGUUGUAAUAACCUGAAGAGUAAUGAACAUGUAUGUGAAAGAAAACGAAUGUAACCUUAUUAUAAGAGAAUAAAAGUGCUUUUGUAAA